CUGAGCCAAAUCUUCGUCCCAUUCCCCGUACGAACUUUGCACUAAACUAGUGCGCCAGCAUGAAGGUUCACCAUUCUCAUGUGGCCUCCUACCUGGAGAAAGCGGCCUCGGCGUCUUCGUCUCCGGCUACUGCACCGUCCACCUCUCCUCCCUCGGAGCUGUUCCCUUUCGGCGCCUUCCAAUGCCUCCGGCCGCUGGCGCCCAAGAUCUCCCUCCCGGACCAGCCGAAGAAGCUCGUCGCGCCGCCGGACGUCCUCGGCCGCGUCAGGAACGCCACCAAGCUGCUCAGCUGCACCGUCAGAAACCAUACCGUGCAAGUGCCGGUGGGAGGGACGACGCGGUGGAACCCGUCGGCGGAGCAGAUCAAGGUGCUGGAGGCGCUGUACCGUGGCGGUAUGCGCACCCCGAACUCGGCCCAGAUCGAGCGCAUCACGGAGGAGCUCGGCCGGCAUGGCCGGAUCGAGGGCAAGAACGUCUUCUACUGGUUCCAGAACCACAAGGCCCGGGAGCGGCAGAAGCAGAAGCGCGCCGCCCUCCUCACCCUCAGCACCCUCGACUCUUCCUCCCUGCCUGCAACGGCGACCAAGGAUGGAGCCGGUGAUAAGAAGGAAGCUUGCGACGAUGCCGUGACGAGCUGCAAGCGGCAGUGCAGGACGUGGGGCGAUGGGCAUGGCGAUGCUGCGGCGGAGGUGGCCGCCGAGGGCUGCACGGAGAAUGUCACCCUGGAGCUCUUCCCGUUGCGUCCGCAGGGGAAAGCUGCGUAGUUGUUGACUUCGUCGUACCUGGUUGUGCAUACACUCCGUCUUGCAUGCAUGCAUGCAUGGAGCCGGUUCUCAUUGGGAAAGCUUCUCAUUUUUGCGUGUGUUUGUACGUUUGGGUUGCCUAAUUAAAGCAUGCAUAGUUGUGGUGUGAUACGUUUCCUACUAGUGGAGUGUGUUAAGAGCUUGAUCAUUGGGUUCUUGGCAUGAUUACUACAUCUAAUAAAGCCAUGUAAUCACCAUAGAAGACCAAGGCAAUAUGUAAACUUCAAUCAAUUAGAUUUUCAUUAUGAUUCAUGAGCUUUACCAACACG